AUGUCUGACAAGAUCGAAGUCCUUCUCUUUGGCCUCGGCGCCAUUGGCUCCUUCUACGCCUUCAUCCUGCGCAGCUGUCCCCGCGUGCGUCUGACGGUCGUCGCUCGCUCGAACUACGCGGCUGUCCAGGAGAAUGGCAUCCUGCUGAAAAGCGCCAACCACGGCGAGCACCGCUUCCACCCGGACCGCGUAAUCCGCUCGCCCUCGGAACUCGCCCCAAACUCCGCCCCAUUCGACUACGUCGUCUGCACGAACAAGGCCAUCGACGUGGACACCGUCGCCCGCCUCCUCGCGCCAGCCAUUACGGACCGCACCGCGAUCGUGAUCAUCCAGAACGGUGUAGGCAACGAAGAGCCGUUCCGGCGCUUGUAUCCCGAGAACCCGAUCAUCUCGUGCGUGACAUGGGUAGGAGCCCACCAACCUACCCCGGGGACAACAACCCACACGACCUCCGAAGCAACGCAACUAGGCCUCUACCCGCCCGCAGACCCCUCCGCGGUCCCUAGUCUCUCGACCUUCAUCGACAUCCUCAGCACCCCGGCGAACCCGCACCCGACGCCGCUGACCCCGCUCGCGCCGGACGCCCUGCAGCGCACCCGCUGGGAGAAGCUGAUGUGGAACUGCGCCUGGAAUACGCUGACCACUCUGACGGCGCAGGACUGUCAGGCCUGGCUGCGGUCUUCGGAGGAGGCGCUGCCGCUGACGAAGCGGCUGAUGCGCGAGGUGGUGCGCGUGGCGCACGCGUCCGGCGUGGCGUUGCGGGAGGCCUUGGUCGAGGAGCAGAUCGCCCGGAUGCAGGGGCUCGGGGCGGUAAGGACGAGUAUGCAGACUGAUCGCGAGAUGGGGCGGCGCAUGGAGGUGGAUGUGAUUAUUGGGACGGUGGUGGGGCGGGCGAGGAGGGCUGGAGUUGAUGUGCCUGUUCUGGAGACGGUCUAUGCGUUGAUUAGGGCAGUGGAUGGGUUGGCUGGGGGUGGUGCCGGGGAGGUUAGGGGGAGGAUGUAG